UGUGAAUUGAAGCUCGCAAGGAUUCAUUCGCUGAAUGUUGUUGAUUCAAUUUUCAUGACUCUGAAGUUCAUCAGAAGUCGUUAGGAGCGUGCGUUGAUUUGGUUUUUUUGAGGGGGUAGGUCCCGAGUAGCGCAGAAUUUCACUGCGGAGGAUGUAGGAUUAGGAGUUUGAAGAGCAGAGGCGCAGGUUCCCCUGACGGUGGUGGUGGUGGUUUUUGGAGGACCAGUGAGGAUUGAGAUGGGGAAGUUGAGCAAGAAGGGCUCCGGAGAGGGCGAGAGCAAGCUGAAGAAGAGGAAGAGGCCCGCCGGUGCAAAGGGAUCCCGGGAUGCAGUGUGGGGGAAUUCUCUUGCCUGGAAAAAUGUCACUCCGAAUGAUCCAUUGUCGAUCCUUAUUGGCAGCGACGAGGGAGGGUUUAUGUCACUUGAAGAGAUUGAUGGGGAUGUAUUUGUCGGUACGACUGAGGAGGGUGGUCUGCUCGGUGCGAUACCAGAAGCCAAUGCAAAGUCCGAAAAGAAAAUUAAGAAAAGAACUAAGAAGGAAUUAGAUUCUAAGAAAGCUGUCGAGUCAAGUGAGCUUGUUGAGGGGCUUACCUUGCCAUCUGAACGAGAUGAUGCAAUUGUUCCAUCUGAUGGGAGCACUCCAGGAUCUUUGUCUCGAUCUAGUGCCGGGAAUGAGAAAAGGAAGCAAAAGAAGAAGAAAAAAAAAGAGAAAAAACUUAAAGUAGGUAAGAAUGCAGAGGUUGAUGGUUCCUCAAAUGUAGAGAACUUUGAGACAAAAGAAGAUAAUUCCAAAGUAGACGUGCCACCGUCUAAGAAGAAUUCGUCUAAAGUAGACAGCAAGUCGUUGUUUGUAAUGGGACCUGUAAUCAAUACUAUUGCGGGGGACACUGACGGGAGCGCGCCCAAGGAUGUUAGAGAGGUUGUAACUGACAUUGAAACUAAGAACGCCAAGGACAGUACGGCCGUAACAAAAGUCACACUCAAGAACAUCAAAGAGGAUGGCUCAGGAAAGAAAGUCAAGCUUGGUUCCAAAGCGAGGAGACUUCUUCGGUUGCAAAAGCAGCAGGAACAGAACGGGGUCGACGGAAAACAGGGUCAUGUCAAUGAGGAUAAAAUCUCUGAAGCGGAUAUGCGUAAACGUGAAGAUAUGGAAAUAGAGAGGUUAGAAAAUACACCUUCUAUUGAAGCCGAUGACAUAGAGGAAAUCGACAUGUCGGCAUGGGCUCAACUAAGGCUUAAUCCUCUUCUAAUGAGGGCUUUAAUGAAGUUAAAAUUUUCGAAGCCAACUCAUAUUCAGGAGAAAUGUAUUGCUGCUGCUGCUUACCAGGGAAAGGAUGUCAUUGGUGCUGCUGAGACAGGAUCGGGAAAGACUCUUGCAUUUGGCCUUCCAAUACUACAACGGCUUCUGGAUGAUCAUGAAAAGAUUCAAAGGAAAUCAGGUUUUGACAAGGCUAGCAAGAAACAAUCUGGAGGUCCCUUGCGUGCUCUCAUCGUUACUCCUACAAGAGAACUUGCAUUGCAGGUGUGCGAUCAUUUGAGAGCAGCGGCUCAAUUCACAAAUUUCAAUGUUGUGCCCAUAGUUGGGGGAAUGGCCCUUCAAAAGCAACAGCGUCUUCUGAGAUACCAGCCACAGAUAGUGGUCGGGACACCUGGACGUUUGUGGGAGCUUAUGAGUGCCGGUGAAGCACAUCUUCUUGAUCUGGCACAACUAUCAUUCUUUGUCCUGGAUGAGGCCGAUCGUAUGGUAGAAAGAGGUCAUUUCAAGGAACUUCAGUCGAUCAUGGAUAUGCUUCCGAAGACUGGACGUGAACCUGCUGCAGAUGAUGAAAAGCCGCUUCAACGACGUAAAAGGAGAAGAGAAACCCCCAAAGAAAACGAGGAAGAGCAAGGAGAUGAUCCUGAAGAAGACGAAAAUGUUGAGGUGUAUCCAGACUCUGAUGAUGAUAAUGUUGAAGAAACCAACAGCGAGAAUGGAGAUGGAGAAGGAGAUGGAGAUGAAGAUGAAGAAGAUGGAGAUGAAGAACAAGAUGUGGAUGGUGAGCAAGGAGAUGAAGAUCAGUCAAAACCAGCAGAAGAUACAACCAUGAAGGAAGAUUUUACCGAAACAAUUGUUAUAGAACCAGUGAAGAAGCGGCAAACGUUAGUAUUUUCGGCCACAUUGUCACUUCCCCCUGGUUUUAAGAAGAAGCUAAAGAGGGGCUUUUUUAAUGACAAGAGUACAUCAAAGAAGAACGAGUAUUCAGUGGCAUCUCUUAUACAAAGGGCGGCAAUGAGAGACAAUGCAGUGAUAAUUGAUCUCACUACCAAAGACGUCCUUGCAAGAAAGCUUGAAGAAUCAGUGAUACAGUGUCGCGAUGAAGAGAAGGAUGCGUAUCUUUAUUACAUAUUGAAGGUACAUGGUUGUGGACGAACUUUGGUGUUCUGCACAUCCAUUGCAGCUCUUCGGCAUGUAACCGCGAUUCUUCGACUUUUACAAGUUUCUGUCUGGCCGCUGCAUGCUCAAAUGCAACAGAAGCAGCGACUCAAGGCAAUGGAUAGAUUCAAAUCUGCUGAUGAUUGCGUGAUGGUAGCAACAGAUGUCGCAGCUCGAGGACUUGAUGUGACUGGUAUUCGAACUGUGAUUCAUUAUCAACUGCCUCACUCUGCUGAGAUGUAUGUUCACAGAAGUGGGAGAACUGCACGUGCAGAUACUGAUGGUUGCAGUAUUGCUAUUAUUUCUCCAUCAGAUCGUGCAAAGUACAACACCCUGUGUCGCAACCUCGACAAGACAAAUGGAUUGCCAUCUUUUCCGAUAGAUGUGACCUAUAUUCCAGCAGUUUUGAAGCGAGUUAGUUUAGCAUUCCAGGUUGACAGAGUGCUGCGCAAACAUCAGCAGUUCAAAGCGAAACAGUCAUGGGUCAAACGCAAUGCCGAGGCUCUUGAACUUGAUGUUGAAAAUAGCGAUGAUGAUGACGAGGCCUCAGUUAAGAUGCCUGUGGAGAAGCGAGAGUUAAUGAAAGUUCAAGCUUUGCAGCAGGAGCUACAGGUGCUUUUAAAUCAACCUCUGGAACCGAAGGCAUUUUCCCGGCGAUACGUUACGGGGUCAGGAGUCACUCCAGUGCUUGCGAAACAAUUGAAGGAGUAUACGGCCUCUAAGGUAACCUCAAAGACGACCAAGAAAAGUAGCAAGACACCUAUUAGUACUGUAAACAGUGCAUCCUCUAAAAGUAGGCUUCUUGUGAUUGGACAAGAGGCAGUAGAACCUUUGGAUGCCCUUCGUCGGUCAGCUGUACUGCAGACUUCGUCAAAAGCCAUUUCUGUUACCGCUCCUAAGUCGAAAGGAUUUCCCGGCGAUUCCAAGGCCAAAGGCAGUUCUAGUGGUCCCAAGUCCAAGCGGCGCAGAAGAUGAGAUGCAUCAAAACUCAUUAUCUCCACUUAACCAAAUUUUGACACCAUAGCUAUUUAACCCUGUUUUUUUUAACUAUUUGUUUCAUGACCUUGGAUUUUGAACAAAAAUUCCUUGCGUCUCGUAAUUUCACCAAGCUGACGCAGCAAAAACAAUUUAUCUAUCA